CGCCGCAAACAGGGCAACCCGCAGCACGUGUCCCAGAGGGAGCUCCUCACCCCAGAGGCUGACCAUUUGGAGGCUGCUGUCCUUGAGGAAGAUGAGGGUCUGGAGCUAGAGGAACCCGGUGGCCUGGGGCUGAUGGUGGGUGGCCCCGUCCCUGACCUGCUCACCUGUGGACAGUGUCAGAUGAACUUCCCCCUGGGGGACAUCCUGGUUUUUAUAGAGCACAAGAAGAAACGGUGUGACAGUCUCGGUACCUGCUAUGACAAAGUCCUGGAUAAGGGCAGUCCGCCGCCCUCCGCACGCUCCGAGCUCAGGAAAGUGUCCGAGCCGGUGGAGAUCGGGAUCCAGGUCACCCCCGAUGAAGAUGACCACCUGCUCUCGCCCACGAAAGGCAUCUGCCCCAAGCAGGAGAACAUUGCAGGUAAAGACGAGCCUUCCAGCUACAUUUGCACAACAUGCAAGCAGCCCUUCACCAGCGCCUGGUUCCUGCUGCAACACGCGCAGAACACGCAUGGCUUCCGUAUCUACCUGGAGCCGGGCCCGGCCAGCAGCUCACUCACACCGCGCCUCACCAUCCCGCCGCCGCUCGGGCCGGAGGCUGUGGCCCAGUCGCCACUCAUGAAUUUCCUGGGCGACAGCAACCCCUUCAACCUGCUGCGCAUGACAGGCCCCCUUCUGCGCGAGCACCCGGGCUUUGGCGAGGGCCGCCUGCCCGGCACGCCACCCCUCUUCAGCCCGCCGCCACGCCACCACCUGGACCCGCACCGCCUCAGUGCCGAGGAGAUGGGGCUCGUCGCCCAGCACCCCAGUGCCUUUGACCGAGUCAUGCGCCUCAACCCCAUGGCCAUCGACUCUCCCGCCAUGGACUUCUCGAGGCGGCUGCGCGAGCUGGCGGGCAACAGCGCCACGCCGCCGCCCGUGUCCCCAGGGCGGGGCAACCCUAUGCACCGGCUCCUAAACCCCUUUCAGCCCAGCCCCAAGUCCCCAUUUCUGAGCACGCCGCCGCUGCCCCCCAUGCCCUCUGGCGGCACGCCGCCCCCGCAGCCCCCAUCCAAGAGCAAGUCGUGCGAGUUCUGCGGCAAAACCUUCAAGUUCCAGAGCAACCUCAUCGUGCACAGGCGCAGUCACACGGGAGAGAAACCCUACAAGUGCCAGUUGUGCGACCACGCCUGCUCGCAGGCCAGCAAGCUCAAGCGCCACAUGAAGACGCACCUGCACAAAGCCGGCUCGCUGGCCGGCCGCUCCGACGACGGGCUCUCGGCUGCCAGCUCCCCGGAGCCGGGCCCCAGCGAGCUGGCGGCCGAGGGCCUCAAGGCGGCCGAUGGCGACUUCCGCCACGAGAGCGACCCAUCGCUGGGCCACGAGGCCGAGGAGGAGGAGGAAGAAGAGGAGGAAGAGGAGGAGGAGCUCCUGCUGGAGAACGAGAGCCGACCCGAGUCGAGCUUCAGCAUGGACUCGGAGCUGAGCCGCAGCCGGGAGAACGGCGGCGCUGUGGCCGUGGCCGUAGCCGUGGGCGCAGGCGCCGCCAAGCUGGCCGAUGAGAAGGCGCUGGUGCUGGGAAAGGUCAUGGAGAACGUGGGCCUGGGCGCGCUGCCGCCGCAAUACGGAGAGCUGCUAGCGGACAAGCAGAAGCGUGGCGCCUUCCUGAAGCGUGCAGGCGGCGUGGCCGGCGAGCCCGGAGACCUGGACGACGCGGGUGGCUGCGGGGACGCGGGCGCGGUUGGCGCUGUCAACGGGCGCGGGGGCUUCCCAGGCGCCGAGCCCUUCCCGGGGCUCUUCCCGCGCAAGCCCGCGCCAUUGGCCAGCCCGGGGCUACCGAGCUCCGCCAAGCGCAUCAAGGUGGAGAAGGACCUGGAGCUGCCGCCCGCUGCGCUCAUCCCCUCGGAGAACGUCUACUCCCAGUGGCUCGUGGGCUACGCGGCAUCGCGCCACUUCAUGAAGGACCCCUUCCUGGGCUUCACAGACGCGCGCCAGUCACCCUUCGCCACGUCGUCUGAGCACUCGUCCGAGAACGGCAGCCUGCGCUUCUCCACGCCGCCCGGAGAUCUGCUGGACGGUGGGCUGUCGGGGCGCAGCGGCACGGCCAGCGGGGGUAGCACGCCGCACCUGGGGGGCCCGGGGCCCGGGCGGCCCAGCUCCAAGGAGGGCCGGCGCAGCGACACGUGUGAGUACUGCGGCAAGGUGUUCAAGAACUGCAGCAACCUGACGGUGCACCGGCGGAGCCACACAGGGGAGCGGCCUUACAAAUGCGAGCUGUGCAACUACGCAUGUGCGCAGAGCAGCAAGCUCACGCGCCACAUGAAGACGCACGGGCAGAUCGUCCACAGCCCUCCUUUCUCAUAG